UGUUUUUCUUUUUUUCAAAUAUAUAUAUACGUUAAUGCUAGACCAGAAUGGUCUGUGUGUUAUUCUAUUCCAUUCUACUGAAUAAACAAACGCAAUUUGUGUGUCUUGUUUGAAAAUUCAGUUGAAGUAGAUAGGGUGGCUGAUGCAAUUUGGCGGUAAAUUCAGUUAAAAAAAUCAUGUUGUUCUCGAACCUGGGAUGCUUACGACAUUUAGAGAAUGAGAUGGUUCACUCAAGAACUGGGAUUAUUGUGAACCAGCAUGGCAUAUAUUUGCAAGAGUUAUUAUUGUGCAAAUUCAAGGAGGAAUUGAAUCUAGAGGUGUUUUGGGAUUGAACAGGUGAGGUUAUUGAUAUAAGGGCAAAACACAAUGACAGUUGAGAGGAGGUUUGUUUUGGUGGGGAUUAGAAUCGAUAACCAUAGCAGACAGCUCCUUAACUGGGCUCUUGUCAAGGUUGCUGAACCUGGGGAUUGUGUUAUUGCAGUCCAUGUAGUUAAAAGUUCAGAUUAUGUUUCUAAAAACAAGACCCUGAUAGAUGGCUACUUAGAGGUUUAUGAAGGCCUGUGUAGUGUGCAGAAGGUAGGUCUCACUGGUCAAAUCUUCACAGGAAACUCCAUUCAAAACAUUCUUGUCAGAGAAGCAAAAAAACAUGCUGCUCUGGCUCUAGUGGUAGGGGGUCGAUCUUCCACAGCUAAAUAUUGCGCCAAACGACUUCCACCUACCACCAAUGUUCUAGCCAUCCAAGAUUCAAGAAUUGUCUUCAGGAGGUGCACCAAUAAACAACUACCAGGUGGUCUUAUACUGGAUCCAAGACCAAGUUUCUCAAGCAUACAAAACCUGAGUGACAAAAUAAUCCAGUCUGAAUUUGAUGACUCCCUGGUGGAGAGUGAGAAAUCAACACCCCAAGAUACCAGAGAAUUGAAGGAAGAAACAUUUAACGGAUCAGAAAGGUGCAAAACAAGGUCAAUAACUAUGUUUGCUGGUGAUCCUGCUGAGCAGAAGCUUGGGUGGCCUCUACUCCGCAGAGCUAAUUCAGGAAUCUCACAAACCCGUCAUGCAAGGGACAUGUCUGUAGUACAAUGGGUAAUGAACUUACCAGAUCGUUCACCACAUAAAAGUCCUCACUCUUCUUCUUCCAUUGAGGAAAAUCCAUUCAAAAGGGGCAUCAGCGAUAUUGAGGAUGAGAGCUCUAAAAAUUCUUCACCUCCAUCCGUUGAACUACCAAAGGGCCUAGAGGGGAUGUUAAAUGUAAAUUCACUCAAUUGCAGGUGGUUCAGCCUUGAGGUUCUGAAGUCUUGCACCAGCCAAUUCUCUUCAGAAAAGUUGAUUGGGAAAGGAGGGAGCAAUCGUGUAUACAAAGGAGUUCUCCAUGAUGGAAAACCAAUCGCAGUUAAAGUUAUGCAGUCAACAAAACAAGCCUGGAAAGAUUUUUCCCUUGAGGUGGAAAUAAUAUCCUCAUUGAAGCACAAAAGUAUCGCCCCUCUACUUGGGAUUUGCAUUGAGGACAAUGCUUUAAUCUCUGUUUAUGAUUAUUUCCCCAAAGGCAGCUUAGAGGAAAAUCUACAUGGAAAGAACAAGGAUGGAUCUAUCUUGACAUGGGAAAUGAGAUUUAAUGUAGCUGUUGGGAUCGCAGAAGCCCUUGAUUACCUACACAGGGAAGCUUUGAAGCCUGUUAUACAUAGAGAUGUCAAGUCUUCAAACAUUCUUCUUUCCCAAGGGUUUGAACCACAACUAUCUGAUUUCGGACUUGCAAUAUGGGGACCAACAACUUCAUCCUUUUUGACUCAAGAAGAUGUAGUAGGAACAUUUGGUUAUCUUGCUCCUGAAUACUUCAUGUAUGGAAAGGUCAGUGACAAGAUAGACGUCUAUGCCUUUGGUGUAGUUCUACUUGAACUAAUAUCAGGAAGGGAACCAAUCAGCUCCGAACCUUUCAAAGGACAGGAAAGCUUGGUCGUGUGGGCAAAACCAAUAAUAGAAAGUGGGGAUAUUAAAGGCUUAUUAGACCCAAAUUUAGAAGGGAAGUUUGAUGAGGCCCAAAUGCAAAGAAUGGUUCUGGCAGCAUCUUUAUGCAUCACACGGGCUGCUAGGCUUCGUCCUAAACUAAACCAGGUAUUAAGGAUCCUAAAAGGAGAUGAGAAAGUUGAACAUAUCUUCAACUCCCACGGUAAUGAUCACGAUGAUUCAGAAAAUCAAGAAAACAUUGAUGAUGAAGUUUAUCCAUAUUCAAGUGCAGAGUUACACCUGAGUCUUGCAUUACUUGGUGUUGACGAUGACCGUGCAUCAUGUUGUAGCACAGAUCACAGCAAUAGUGAACACCUGAAAGAACAAUGGAGCAGGUCGUCAAGUUUUGAUUAGUUUCUUUGAAUUAUAAUGCCUCUAUAGUCUAUAUCAUUAGUUACAUUGAGGAAAAAAAAAGAAAAAAAGAGUUGCACCCUUUAAUGAGGUGGUUUGUUGAUUUAGAAAGGCAAAAUUUUCUUUUUAAUUUAUCCUACCAAUAAUGUCCUAAUUACGGAAUUGCAUUUAUUAUAAUGCAUGCAU